AUGAUGGAGCAGCCCUCGAGGUCCAAGCUCCCAGAGGACAGGCCGCGACGCUGCACCGACUGCCUCUUCCUUCUCGCUUUUCUCGGCGCCCUCGGAGCGGCAGGUUACGCUGCGGUGUACGCUUCCAAAAAUGGAGACCUCGCCCGUGCUGACUUGUGCGGUCAAGACAACUCGAUCGAGGCGACCGGCACCUGGGUCUGCACCGGGAAGUACGCCUCCGGCCCGCCGCCAGAGUGCCCCGACGGGGGCGGCGACCUCCCCCAGUGCGUCGCCUACCGCAACGCCUACUUUCUGCGCGCGGGCGCUGUGGCGGCCGCCGCCUGUGCCGACCCGCUGCAAGACUGCGACGUGUGCUUCCCUCCGUACCCGACGACUCGGGACAUGGACGAGCUGCGGCGGCUGAUCUCUUCGCUGCCGCACAUGGCGGUGGAGGACUUGUCGGUCGCGUGGCCGGUCCUGGCUGGCUGCUCGGCGGUGGCGCUCCUCGUUGGCUUCGCCUGGCUGCUGCUCAUCCGCUUCCUCGCCGGUCUGAUGGUUUGGAUCACUCUCUUCGGCCUCGCCGCAGCGGACGGCGUGCUCUGCUGGUGGCUGUGGACGAGGCAGCAGGCGAUGAAGGCGGACGUGCGGUACGGCGAGGAGGGCGACUUCACGUCGCAGGCGGAUGCCGCCUACAUCUCCUUCUUCGUGUUUGUCUCGCUCGGCGCCAUCUACGUGCUCCUCGUCCUGUGCUUCCGCAAGCAGAUCCAGCUCGCAGCGCGGGCGCUCGCGGUCGCCGCCCUCGCGGUCGGGCAGCUGCCAGCGUUGCUGAUUCUGCCGCUCGCAAGCGCCAGCCUUGCCAUCGGCGCCCUCUGCGGCGGCGGGAUGCUGCUGCUGCUGCUGGCCUCCUGCGGCGAGAUCGCCUACGGCAGGCGUUCGCAGCUCUCCCCUGCAGCUAGACUCGCCUUGCCCCCUCUGACGGCAUCACCCCAUGCCCUCCUCGCGCGCCUUGCCCCCUCUGACGGCAUGCCCUCCUCGCCCACGCUUCGCCCCGGCAGGCCCGGCUUUGGCUCCCUCUACCUCGACUCGCGCACCGAGUACUUGCUGCUCGUCGCCAUCGUCGUCUCCAUCUGGCUCGUCGUCUUUGUGCGUCACACGCAGCACGCGGCGGUCGGCGGCGCGGUGACCAAGUGGUACCUGCACCGCAACACCGACCGCAGCGCGACGCGCUGCUGCGGCGGCUCCGCCGUCGCCCUCGGCCUUUGGCACGCGCUGCGGUACCACGCCGGCUCGAUCGCCGCCGGCUCGCUGCUCAUCACCACGCUCAAGCUCAUCCGCAUCGCCUUCUUCCUGCUCAAGCGCACGUUUUACCAGCGCGUCUCGCGCGGCUUGGACGCGUGCGGCUGCAACGGCUCGAACCGCCUCGCGGCGAUGUGCCUCUGCUGCAUCAGCUGCUGCCUCAAGUGCGUCGAAAAGAGCCUCGAGGCGCUCUCGCGCUACGCGUACGCCCAGAUGAUGCGCUCCAAGCGCUCCUUCUGCCCCUCUGCGGCCGAGGCGGUCCGCCUGCUCACCACCAACCUCGCCGGUGCCGCCUCGCUCCGCUUCGUCGCCGCCGCCUUCCUCUUUCUGGGCAAGCUGCUCGUCGCGGCGGGCUGCGCGUUCCUCGGCUGGCGCAUCCUCGUGCAGGCGCCGCCGUACGAUUCCGCGCUCUACUCGCCGCUCGCGCCCGCGGUGUGCAUCUUCUUCGCCGCCUUCGCCGUCGCGCUCGUCUUCUUUGGCGUCUACAACAUGGCAAUCGACACGAUCUUCCUCUGCCUCUGCGCCGACAAGGAGCGCGUGGACGCCGGCAUGCCGCCCCUCGGCCGUGCGCACGAGCUCUCCAGCGUGCUCGGCGUGCCCAUCGACGCGCCGGCGCCCCAGCAUCCGCGCGGCAAGGGGGGCAGGAGGAUGCUCGAGACGCCAGCCGAGAGAUCCGGCUCCGAUCCGUCCAACAACCCGUUCUCGCGGGGCUCGGGCGUCGUGGACGACGGCGGCUACCGCAUCUAG